AUGGAUUCAAAUGAAAAUAUUCCUCAACAGGAAGAAGUUACCAAAGAUGCUUCUCAAGUUCCCACCGAAAUUACCCCAGUUGAAAGUGCUAACGAUACCACGGCAACUACUGCAACUACUACAGCAUCAACUGCAAGUAAUGUAACCGAACCACCAUUAUUACCACACUUACAGCAAGCACAACAACAGGUUUCUCAAGCCAGUCCUGAUGUCAAUUAUGAACAAGAAGCCAAGAAAUUAGAAGAUAAAGCUUUGAGAUUUUUGGCCAAACAAACACAUCCAGUCAUCAUUCCAUCUUUCUCGAAAUGGUUUGAUCUAUCUAAGAUUCAUGAAAUUGAAAAAAAAUCUUUACCAGAUUUUUUUGAUGACUCUUCACGUUUUAAGACCCCAAAGGCUUAUAAAGAUACAAGAAACUUCAUUAUAAAUACUUACAGGUUAUCACCAUAUGAAUAUUUAACAAUGACAGCCGUGAGAAGAAAUGUUGCAAUGGAUGUCGCAUCUAUUGUCAAAAUACAUGCAUUUUUGGAAAAAUGGGGGUUGAUCAAUUACCAAAUAGAUCCAAGAUCCAAACCAUCUUUAAUUGGUCCAAGUUUCACAGGCCAUUUCCAAUUGACUCUAGAUACUCCACAAGGAUUAAAACCAUUUGUUCCAUCUACUUUGGUAAAAUCACAACCACAAGAAAAUGCUACAGGUAGCACUACAUCUAAUACCGAGACCACCGAACCUACUUUUAUCAAACCAAAUAAAUUUCCCGUUAAUUUAUCAUUAAGAAGUAACGUUUAUGAAUCAGUUAAUGAUUUUAACGCUUUAAAAUCUCGUGAUAAAACUUCCAGGCAAAUUAAUAAGACUUAUGUUUGCCAUACAUGUGGUAAUGAUACUGUUUUAAUCAGAUUCCACAAUUUACGUGCCAAAGAUGCCAACCUUUGUUCCAGAUGUUUUCAAGAAGGUCAUUUUGGCGCUAAUUUCCAAGCAUCAGAUUUUAUUAAAUUAGAAAACAAUCCUUCUGUUUUCAAAACAAAUUGGUCUGAUCAAGAUGUUUUACUAUUAUUGGAAGGGAUUGAAAUGUAUGAAGAUCAAUGGGAAAAAAUUGCAAAUCAUAUUGGAAAUAAUAAAACUGUUGAAGAUUGUGUACAGAAAUUUUUGACUUUACCAAUUGAAGAUCAAUUUAUAAACGAUAUAAUGGGUCCGCAGAAAACUAAAAAUAAGCAAAUUAAUAAUGAUACCAUAAGUAAUACUGCAGAGGCGGUAGAUGCUACCAUCAAAGCACUAUUAGAUGGUUUAAAUAAAAAAGUAUUGGAAGAAUCUAUACCUGAAUCUUCCAAAUUAAUAGCUGAGAAAUAUUUACAAGAAACUCAAAUCAUAAUACAAGAAACUGUCAAUUUAACCUUACAGAAAUUAAAUCAAAAAUUUGAGAAAUUAGAUAAAUUAGAACAAAUUGUCGAUAAAGAAAAACUAAUAUACAUUAAAGAAUCAGAAAAAUUAUUAAAUGAUAGAAUCUCUCUAAGCACACAAAUCUCUGAAUUAAACAAGGAACUAGAACAAUUGAAUAUAUCAAAGAAGAUCGUUCUGCUGUCUGAACAAGUUGAUCAAAGUAUCAAAUUGAUGGAAAAGGAUACAAACACAUCAGAAAAUAAUGCUGACGAACAAUUGAAAAAGGCAUCUGAAAUGGAGACUGAGCCCAUUUCCAAGCUAGAACCACAACUCUACAAACAAUGGUCGUUAUAA